AAGGUUUUACUUUUAAUUCAAAUUUUCAAGUCAAGGUUGUAAUUAAAAUUAAGAAAUCAGAUCCAAUACCAGCAAAAUGGUUCACAUUUGAAUUAGACAAUUUUGAUAUUUUUCAAGAUAAUCUAAUUAAGCAUAUUCAAGACCACAUCAAUAAUAAUCAUAUCGAUAAAAAUAAUAUUCAAAAAAAUAAACUCACCACUAUCAAAACGUCACCUUCGUACCUGACCUUUGGUAUUAUUAAUGCCAUUAAGGCUAAUAUUCAAGUACUACAAUUGCAAUCACCAUCUGUAAUUAAAUUAAAUUCAGGCUUAAUUCCAAGUCUUCAAGAAUUUUUUGAAGAGUUAGAUAAAAAUCAUAAUGGCAAUAGUGCUUACUUAGAUUUAAAAGCAGGAUUUGAACAAGAAGAAAUAACUAUAAAUACUAUUAAGAACUUAAGUGAUACAAAAUUAAUUCAAUUAGGAUUUGGAAGUUUAGAAUUUGUUAUAGAGUUUUAUCGCAAGGUGGUUUUUG